UAAAAUAAUUGAGUUUUAGUGAGAAGUGUUUAAAACAUGUAACUAGUUUAAAUGGGUUUUGAUCCGAAAAACUGAUGAGGGCAUUUGGGGUGAACAAGUAGGGAUCAGAGACUCUCGAUUGCGAACCUUGACGCGAGAAAAAUGCGAAAAAUGACAAGAAUGGUUUAAAUGUCAAAACUGUUCAAGGACCACAGAGUUUGUUCAAGGCUAAUGAGAAAAACAUUCUUCUCUAUGACAUUAUCCUAAGUUGCAGGGUUAUCAAAGUGAGGGCUAUUGAUAGAUGUUGACCUUAAAAUUUACUCCAGGUUCUGGAAAUUCACUGUUUUACCUUGUGUUAAGAGGUACAACUUCAAGGUAAAGAUGGCUACUGUUUUGGUGUGUUGAGUCUUUAAAAGGAAAUCAAGGUGUUGGAACCACAAAGGUAAUAAUAUCCCUCGACCCCAUCUUAUUGAAUGCCAAUCCAUGUCAGAGACCGGGAAAAGGGGCGCUUACAGAACCUAAACAGAGACAUCUUCUAUUGUGUUUCUCCCUCUAUAUAUCAGAGUGACGCCAAGAGAGCAGCUUUUGUGAUUAUACUGAUCAUGAUCAGGAUCAUGUAAUGACAACUAUCUCAUACAUUACGUUAUUAAACCGUGGAUCAGAUUGAAGCUUCUUCGUCAGUAGAUUAGACUAAACUGUGUGGCAAAACAAUGGGUAGAUCGCCGUGUUGUGAUAAGGCCGGGUUGAAGAAAGGACCUUGGACACCAGAAGAGGAUCAGAAACUUUUGGCUUAUAUUGAAGAACAUGGCCAUGGAAGCUGGCGUUCUUUGCCUGAGAAAGCUGGUCUCCAAAGAUGCGGAAAGAGUUGCAGACUCAGAUGGACUAACUACCUAAGACCUGACAUCAAGAGAGGCAAAUUCACUGUACAAGAAGAACAAACCAUCAUUCAACUCCAUGCUCUCCUCGGAAACAGGUGGUCAGCAAUUGCAACUCACUUACCCAAAAGGACAGACAACGAGAUCAAGAACUACUGGAACACACACUUGAAGAAACGUCUGGUCAAAAUGGGGAUAGAUCCAGUGACCCACAAGCACAAAAACGAGACACUUUCGUCUACCACAGGUCAAUCCAAGAACGCAGCCACGCUUAGUCAUAUGGCUCAAUGGGAGAGUGCUAGACUCGAAGCAGAAGCAAGGCUAGCUAGAGAAUCAAAGCUUCUCCAUUUACAGCAUUACCAAAACAAUAACCUUAACAAAUCAGCUCCUCAACAACAUUGCUUCGCUCAUAAAACAUCAACAAAUUGGACUAAACCAAACGAAGGAAACGGAGACCAACAGCUUGAAUCUCCGACAUCGACGGUGACAUUCUCCGAGAAUCUUCUCAUGCCUUUAGGAAUCCCGACGGAUAGCAGAAAUAGAAAUAAUGAAUCCUCUGAGAUUCCGGCGAUGAUUGAAUUCGCCGUCUCUUCCUCAACCUCCUCCGAUGUGAGUCUGGUCAAAGAACACGAACACGACUGGAUUAGGCAAAUCAACUGUCCAACGGAAGGAAUAGGAGAAGGAUUCACGAGCCUUCUGCUCGGUGAUUCAGUCGACCGGAGUUUAUCCACCGGAAAAAACGAAACGACCGUUGCCGGAGCCGGCGUGGUGAAUGAGAGUGAGUAUAACUACUAUGAGGAUAACAAGAAUUACUGGAAUAGCAUUCUCAGCUUGGUUGAUUCUUCACCGUCCGAUUCCGCCACGAUGUUCUGAUCUAAGGGUCUAUAAUUAUUUCUCCAAACAUUUUAAUCCUCACUGUUUUUUUUCUUUUUCUUUUUUUGGUAUGUCGAUAGCUUUCCAAUACUUUUACUUAUCUUUAUUUUCUCUCUAUAGUCUAUAUUAUUACAUUAUUAUAUGGGAUGAAAUUUCAUGAAAGUGUGUCCUUUUCUUUUGACAAAAUAAAAUAAAAUAAAAACA